AUGACCAGCAAGUUCACCACGCCGAAGCGGGAGGAGGAGUUCGUCCAGUCGAUCAGUGCGCGGACGUGCCUGGCGGCAGAGGAGCUGCGCAAGCACGACUCCGAGAGCUUGAAGAAGAUUUGGUCGCUUGUUCGCCCGAAGAAGCCGAAGUCGCCCCUGCCUGUGGGGUGGAAGUGGAAGAAGCUCGAUGUGGCGGAUCUCCGCGAUCUGUACGCCACGGAGCUCAUCACGGAGAUCGACAUCCGGGUGACUGAGGUGCUUGCCGACCUCCCCUACUCCGAGACGCCGAU